AGUGAACAACUUCAUGGAGUCCAUGGAAACUCAUAAAUUGAUCUCAACUGACUUCAAAUUGGAAAAUAACUCGGGAACUAGGGAUCAGACCUUCCAACUAAAUUACAUGGAUAUUGGAAGUCUGGAUAUCAAGGAAGAAAUCAUUGAAGAAUAUCCAUCGAAAAUAGCUACAGGUCAAGAAGUGAAUAAAGAGUACACAUUGAAAAUUCAAGAAUCAACCAAAGAAACAAAAAGAAAAUACAAAUGCGACGAAUGCGAAAAGACCUAUUUAAUUAGGCGUACUUUACAUCAACAUCAGCGUUUUGCGCACGGCCAAAUUUCCUCUCCUCACUUGUACGAAUGCGAUUUUGGUGAUUAUGUGUCUAACAGCAAAAGCGCUCUUUUUCGUCAUAUAAGUUGUAAACAUUUAAAACAAACAACAUUUGUGUGCGGCGAAUGCGGAAAUACUUACGGCCGCAAAGAUACACUUAAUUACCAUAAAAAGUACUCUUGUAAGCAGAAGCCGCGUGGUAUUCGUGACCAGAUAAUUAAAAUUAAUCCUAAAGUUCUAGACGCCAAAUACGUAUGCGAGGAAUGUGGAAACAGUUACACACGAAAAAGUACUUUGCAGCGGCAUAAAAAGCUCGCAUGUAACAACCAAGAACCAGGAUUUGUUUGCCAUAUUUGUGAUUAUAAAUCGAUGUUCAAUGCAAAUUUGUUGCGACAUAUUAUGACGCGCCAUACAUCGUAAUUAUUCAGUUAUUAUUUUAAGGAUUUUUCCCCUUUUGCUGGCCAAUAAUCAAAAUAGAUUAUUUUUUAUAUUUUUAUGGAGACGUUCAAAUUGUGCGACUAUUUCGUGCUUCAAGAAACGUGUGAGCAAUUCAGAAUUUUCGAAAUAUGCCAAGUAAAGAUUGUACUGUAAUUUAGAUGGAAAAUUAAAAUAAUAAAGUAAUAAUGUUUCCAUGA